AUGCGCUCCAAAUACCUGUCACUCUUUAGCGCGUUUUUGAGUAUUGCGUUCGUUGGGAGAGUAGGAGCGUCAUGCUACUAUCCAGAUGGGACGUUCCCUACUGACUACAUAUAUACCCCUUGUACCGGAGACACAUAUUCAUCGUGUUGCAUAGCGAGUGAAGGAGAUCAGUGUCUCUCAAACGGCCUAUGCGAGUAUCCAGGUGGCGACUAUGUAUUCCGAGGAGCAUGUACGGACAAGACAUGGGAAGCGCCAGAAUGCUUCCAGCACUGCAAGACCGGCGAUUCUAGCGAUACUUAUGAUACUCUGGUGUCUUGCGGUGGCACCAAGUAUUGCUGUAACAGCGAGGGAAGCACAUGCUGUAAUGAUGACAGCAAAGUCUUCGAUGUCGGCAUCGCUUCCGUCAUCAACGACCUAGCCAGCUCAACAUCUGCAGAACUAAUCGCAACACAAACGGACGAGCCGGUCGCUACACAGACGGAUGCUGGUGCUGGCCAACCCACCACAUCUUCCCACGCCCUCUCCCACAGCGUCACAAAGUCAUCGCACUCCGCAUCAACGGGAACCGCCGCCGCUGCCACUAAUACCUCCACAUCUAUACCACAACCAGCUCACACAAGCCACGUCGCCAUAUACGCUGCCAUCGCCGCGGGAGUGGUGAUUCUCGUAGUAGCCAUACUCCUCGUCUGGUUCUUCCUACGCCGACACUAUAGGAAGAAGGCAGGCGCUACGACGGCGAACUCGAUCUCGUACCCGCUCACCAAUGCUGGCUUCGAACGCCUCCCUGAUAAGAGUCCAAGGCCGGUCGAGGUGCCAGCUCCGCAUACGCCGGCACCGCCUUAUCAGCCUCCUGUGUAUCAGUCGCAGUAUCAACAACCGACGGUGCAAGGAGCGAUGGAGCUGGAUUCGCCGUAUAAUCCGCCAAGGAAUAAUGGGUAUGGGAAGCCUGUUUAUGAGGCGCCGUAAGUACAACCUGGGACAUUGGUUGGCUCCCGGGAGAUCUUGAACAUAUUCAUAUUUUGGGCACACUAUUUGGGUUUGCGGUGUACUGGUGAUGUUUUGGUGACGGAAUAGAUAUAUGGCGUCACUUGCGUUUAGUGAUAGAUUUGCACGAGAAGGGCGUUUGCGGGUCCGGAAGUUAGGUUGCAUUUACGUGUCUGCUACGUCAUUUUCAUGGAACUUCGCGUUUGAGUAAUUAUGGCCUAUUUCUAGUCACUUAAAAAAGACGUUCUGUU